AGCAGGCCGUGACGGCUCCACCGGCGGCGCGGGUCCUCUGAGGAUGGCCGCCCUGCUGUUAGUAAACAAGCCUGGAGCGGGCCUGGACUGCGGCCGGCAGGGCAGCCGCACUGCCGCGGUGGUGAAGGUGUUGGAGUGCGGAGUCUGUGAAGAUGUGUUUUCUUUGCAAGGUGACAAAGUUCCACGCCUUCUGCUUUGUGGCCACACAGUUUGUCAUGAUUGUCUCACUCGUCUGCCACUUCAUGGAAGAGCAAUUCGUUGCCCUUUUGACCGACAAGUAACAGAUUUAGGAGACUCAGGUGUUUGGGGAUUGAAAAAAAAUUUUGCUUUACUGGAGCUUUUAGAACGACUACAGAAUGGACAUACUGGUCAGUAUGGACCUGCAGAAGAAGCCAUUGGACUAUCCGGAGAGAGUAUCGUUCGUUGUGAUGAAGAUGAAUCUCAUGUUGCAUCUGUAUAUUGCACAGUAUGUGCCACUCACUUGUGCUCAGAGUGUUCCCAAGUUACUCACUCUACAAAGACAUUAGCAAAGCACAGGAGGGUGCCACUAGCUGAUAAGCCUCAUGAGAAAACCAUGUGCUCUCAGCAUCAGGUGCAUGCCAUUGAGUUUGUUUGCUUGGAAGAAGGCUGUCAGUCUGGUCCACUUAUGUGCUGUGUCUGCAAAGAAUAUGGAAAACACCAAGGUCACAAGCAUUCAGUUUUGGAACCAGAAGCUAACCAGAUCCGAGCAUCAAUUUUAGAUAUGGCUCACUGCAUACGAACCUUUACUGAAGAAAUCUCUGAUUAUUCCAGAAAAUUAGUUGGUAUUGUUCAACACAUUGAAGGAGGUGAACAAAUAGUAGAAGAUGGAAUUGGAAUGGCUCACACAGAACAUGUUCCAGGUACUGCAGAGAAUGCCAGAUCAUGUGUCCGAGCUUAUUUUUCUGAUCUGCAUGAAACUCUUUGUCGUCAAGAAGAAAUGGCACUAAGUGUUGUGGAUGCUCAUGUUCGAGAAAAACUGAUUUGGCUUCGGCAGCAACAAGAAGACAUGACUAUUUUGUUGUCCCAGGUUUCUACAGCAUGUCUCCAUUGUGAAAAGACUUUGCAGCAGGAUGAUUGCAGAGUUGUCUUGGCAAAACAAGAAAUUACAAGGUUACUAGAAACAUUGCAAAAACAGCAGCAGCAGUUUACAGACGUUGCAGAUCAUAUUCAAUUAGAUGCUAGUAUACCUGUAACUUUUACAAAGGACAAUAGAGUUCAUAUUGGACCAAAAAUGGAAAUUCGAGUUGUUACAUUAGGAUUAGAUGGUGCUGGAAAAACUACUAUUUUAUUUAAGUUAAAACAAGAUGAGUUUAUGCAGCCUAUUCCAACUAUUGGUUUUAAUGUGGAAACUGUAGAAUAUAAAAAUCUAAAGUUCACUAUUUGGGAUGUUGGUGGAAAACACAAAUUAAGACCAUUGUGGAAACAUUAUUACCUUAAUACCCAAGCUGUCAUAUUUGUUGUUGAUAGCAGUCAUAGAGACAGAGUUGGUGAAGCACACAGUGAACUUGCAAAAUUGUUAACAGAAAAAGAACUUCGCGAUGCUUUGCUCCUGAUUUUUGCCAAUAAACAGGAUGUUGCUGGAGCUCUGUCAGUAGAAGAAAUCACUGAACUCCUUAGUCUCCAUAAACUGUGCUGUGGCCGUAGCUGGUAUAUUCAGGGCUGUGAUGCUCGAAGUGGUACAGGACUAUAUGAAGGACUGGACUGGCUCUCCCGGCACCUUGUGGCUGCAGGAGUGUUGGAUGUGGCUUGAUUUUAAGUGCAGCACUUGUUUAAAUCUAUGGUUAAGAAUUAUUUUGCACACAUGCUGUAAGGAAGUUUGCAUCUCAAAAAUAGUUGAGGAUGUACGAAAGGCAUUUUGGACUGGAAGUUUAGUACAAUGAAUGUGGUUUUAAAAAAAUGAUUUGGUAGCGAAAUUUUAAGUAUCUUGAGUUAAAUUCAGGGAGUGCCUGAAUAUGCUUUUUUCAAAAUAUGCAUUUAUUACUUAAAUUUAAAUUUUAUGUGACUCAUAGAUUGGAAAAGUAGUCACAGAGAACUGAUAAGUGAAGGCUAAUUCUGAGAAUGAAGGAACAGCCAAUUGAGUGCCUAAUGGAAUUCCUGUGUUAGCAGGUAGAGCUAGUGCUCUCACUUGCCUUUUCACUGAACUUCAGCAGUAUUUGAAUAGUUGCAAAAAUCGUGACUUCAUGAAUCCAAACUUCAUCUUUGAGUAACAAGAUUAUUUUACUUUUAUGUUGAGUGUAACAGUACCUUUAUGGGUAAGAUAAUAAGCUAAAGAUAACUUAAUAUUUUUAUAGUGUUUUAUUAAGAUUUUCUCUCUAAAACAUUUUGUAAACAAACCCAGUGUGUCAGAAUGAAAUGUUAUUUAAGUAGUUUUGAUUGUCAGAUUAGUAAAAAAACUGAAGAACAAUUAAUAAUAAAACUGUGAAAGUCAAGUUAUAUUCUAGUUUUACCUUAACUUCUAAAAGACCCAUUUCGAUGGUAGAAUCUUGUUAUAUAUUUUCCCAAAAGUGGUCCUUCUACUUUUCAAUAUAUUUAAAGAUAAUAAUUUUUAAAAUUGUUACAUCUUUAGUGGGAAUGAAUAUAAGAAAAGUAUGUGCUAAAGUACACAUAGAACCAGGAUUGGCUUUAUAUAAAAGUACAGAUCUAAGAAAACUACUAAGAGAAGUCACUUAAAUAAUGUGUUAUAUCACUUAUAUCAGUCUCAAAAUUAGUAUAUUUUUUUGAUAAAUGUAUCAAGAGGCCAUAGUAAUACUACAGUGGGUGGGAUGUUUGCUUUCCAGUUUUAAUUAUCCCACAUCCCAUAUGGUCCCUGCAGUCUUCCAGAAGUUAUUCCUGAAGACAGAGCCAGGAGUAAGCCCUCACAUUCAUCCGCAAGUGUGGCCCAAAAGCAAAUAAACAGAUAAAUGUAUUCAAGAUAUCUUCUUGAAAAGUUAAAAAGAGUGUGUCUAAGGAAAGAAGAAACAAAAGUUCAUGUCAUGUUUAUUAUACAGUGUUUUAGGAAUUUAAGAAUGUGCUAUUUACUGUGUUCCAUUUUUCAUAUGUAAGUGGUUGUUUGGGUUCACAUCUGGCACACCCACACUCUGGGGUCCCUACUGCCAGUGGUCAGGGACUAUGCAGUGUUGGGACUGAACCCUGGUCUCCCCUCCCAUAUGCAAAGCAUGCACUAAGCCCUUUGAGCUCUCUACAACUCUGUGUUUAAUUUUUGUAAGGAUACUCACUAUGACAGUAUGAGUCAUUAUAUUUAAACAUAGCUAGAAUCUUUUUUUUUAAUGCUCUUUAAUUUGGAGGAACUUGUGUCCUAAAUCUUGUUAGUUGGAACUGCUAUGAGGAAAUUGAUGUCUUAUGACAUGAUGUGACUUUUAGGUUUUGUUUCAGUUCCUUCAAAUUUAUUUUUAUUUAAAACAAGUUUUAGGAAAUAAUUUUCUAAGUCCAUCAAUGUUAUGGAUAAUGUGUAAAUAAUACAUAUUUAAUCCCUUUCAAGUAAAAGGUUAUGCUGUUACAAGUAUAGUUCGUGUGUAUAUUAAUACUUCUAAAUUAAGUUAUUUAGUAUUUGACUACCGUAACUGUGAAAAAUAAAAAAAGGUGUUGCAUUUGCCUGUGAACCCUUGAAAGGUUUUCUCUACUAGGUAUUGGGGGCGGCGCGAGGUUUAACACUAACAGGUAAACUUUCUUUCCUAGUAAAUUGUUUAUUUCAUCAAUUUUGGUAAACUUUAUAAUUCCAUAGCAUAUUACUGAACACAAUUGAGAAAUUAAACUAUUGCUUAGCUCUAAUUGUAAUGAUUAUAAUUAUAGUGCUUGUGUUUUUUUUAAUAAAGAAAUAUUUUGGGGCUGGAGUGAUAGCACAGUGGUAGGGCGUUUUUGCCUUGGAUGUGACUGACCUGAGUUUCUGGCAUCCCAUAUGGUCCCCUGAACCUGCGAAGAGUAAUUUCUGAGUGCAGAGCCAGGCAUGACCCAAAAGAAACCCCAAUAAAAUAAAAUGUUUUUCUUAGGUUUUUAA